AUGCUCACCAUCUCCGCAUCUGCGGCACCUACCGCAUCCGGGCCUCUCAUUUGCGGCACCAUCUACCUCCAAGGUGGCAAGACACAAGUCAUGUAUGGCGAUGCUUGUUACGGCAUCACGGGCAAAGCAGUAUCCGCCACGGUGUAUGAUGCGUGUGGUUGUGAUUUUUCACAAUGGGAUACAUGCGAUGCGGGGAAGUUGAAAGAGAGGAGUAUCACUGGGGUACCUAUUACGAAGGCGAAGGGGUUUUGGUGCAAUUUACAUUGA